AUGGGAAGCACCGAUUUGAAGUACGAGGUUUCACAAAACGCUUACAUCAAACUCGUUCUCCACUCCCUCAAACACCCUACAUCCGCCGUCAACGGCGUCUUGAUCGGCCGCAUCUCCUCUUCCAACGACACCGUCGAGAUCACCGAUGCCGUCCCUCUCUUCCAUUCUCAAAUCCCUCUUCUUCCUCAAUUGGAGAUCUCUCUAAUUCUGAUAGAUGAAUAUUUUUCUGCUAAAGGGUUGAACAUAGUUGGUUAUUUUCACGCCAAUGAGAGGGCUGAUGAAUUUGAACUCGGUGGAGUGGCGAAGAAUAUUGGUGAUCACAUCUCUCGUUACUUUUCACAAGCUGCUAUUCUAUUGUUAGAUAACAAGAAGCUUGAAGGUUUGAAAAAGAGCAAGAGUGGUGGUGCUGUAAUGCAGCUUUAUGUUAGGGAUGCAUCUAAGAACUGGAAGUUGGUUCAAUCAGAUGCGAAAAACCGAUUCUCUCUCAAAGAGCCAUCGGCAAAUCUGAUCUUAUUGGAUUAUAUUUCAUCUGAGAAAUGGCGCGACGUUGUAGAUUUUGAUGAUCACCUUGAUGACAUAAGCAAGGAUUGGCUAAACCCAGGGCUCUUCAACUGA